UAAAGGAGGAAGACUAUAUAUAUCUACGUAUACGCAAGUAUUACAGACUGCAUCUUCUCCAUCAUCCAUCAUCUUCAUCUUCCUUGUUGUCCCGCCAAAAAUGAACACUUCGGCUUUGGGAUUCAUUUAAUCUGGGCCCAACAUAAAAAACCAACAAAGAGAAUAGGGAUUUGGGGGAAAAAAAAAGGGGGGGAGAGAGGAAGGUGAGGGUGGGGGGGGCUCAUGCUUAUGAUGCUUUGUUCAACACUGAGGGAUCGAAUACGACCUUGGCUUCGCGAUUACGACCGCCUUCAAUCUGUCGCCGUCAUCCUCAUCUACAUUCAGAUUGGUUGCGCAUUGAUUGGAUCAUUGGGGGCAUUGUACAACGGCGUGCUGCUGAUUAAUCUGACCAUAGCCUUGUUCGCACUGGUGGCCAUAGAGAGUAGCAGUCAGAGCCUUGGGCGUACCUAUGCGGUUCUGCUCUUCUGCGCCAUCUUGCUCGAUAUCUUUUGGUUCAUCCUUUUCACUCAUGAGAUUUGGGACAUUUCUUCUGACAAUUAUGGGAGACACGUUAUAUUUUCCGUGAAACUCACUCUGGCAAUGCAGAUCAUUGGGUGUACUGUCAGGUUGUCUUCCUCGUUUUUGUGGAUUCAGAUUUACAGGUUGGGGGUCUCAUAUGUUGACACUAGAGUUCCUCGGGAAGCAGAUUUUGAUUUAAGAAAUAGUUUUCUGAAUCCUGCAACCCCCGCUGCCGUGGUGAGACAAUCCUCAGAUUCUGAUGACAUUUUAGGAGGCUCAAUCUAUGACCCUGCUUAUUACUCAUCUCUCUUUGAUGGUCAAGACAAUAGAUGUUCAUAUGGGGGCCAAAAUCAUGGUAUUGGUGACAGUGAGCCUGCUUCUGCUGCUGAAGCUUCUCAGUUGAAGCUAUCUGUGGAUAGAUCAUUUCAGGCUGGAGAUGAUGAGCCACAAACAGUUUGAGCUAGACUAUUUGUAAAAAAAAAUCCUCAGGCAUUCACUCAUCAGAAUUAUUGUUCUGAGGUUUCUAUUGGUUAUUCAACGAGGCCAGACUGCUUAUGGGAGUGGGUGUUAAACAGUUGCAAUUUUUAGCCAAUUUUUCCCAGGGUAAAAGCGCUGCAGAUCAAUGUUAAUGGGAGAACAGGUGUCCUCUAUUUUUCUGAAUGGUGUGACAAUGUCAAUGGUUUUCCGAUUUUGAGGGCGGAAUUUGGAUUCAUACCAUGACUUUACCCCGUGGAAGCCAUCCUGGCUAGGUCUUUAAGGGUUUGGGUCUGGUUCUGAGAAAUACGCAUGUGGAUUCACUUUUCUUUCCUAGACAUGCUUAUUUAUCGUAUAAUUAUGUCGGCUGCAUCUGGAGAGUGCAGUUUGUCUUGCAAUGAACUCCAGUGUUCCAUGGUGGGUCUAGGUUAACAUUGCAAACAUCACCGUAGUCUGAAAUUCCUGUUGAUUGCAUUUUGUUCCCCGGGCCAGAUUCGAGAACCAUUUUAGAUACUAGUGGCUCUUUUUCUAAAUUGUAUUUAUUUAUAUAUUUAUUUUGGUGGGUUUGAUAGCCCGAUAAAAUGUCAUGAUUCAUCAUGAACUGUAAGCUGGCAAUGCAGUGGAUGACUGUAAGCAUCUAA